CGCUCUCCUCUCAUCAGCAACUUUGCACGCAAUUUCCAUGACCUUCUUAGCCUUCUCCACCGCCGCCGACGAGUUUUCUGCAAUCAACCUCAAUCAGCCUCUCCCUUCCCGCUUUCCCGUGAUUCACACGAGAGUACUCACGAUAAUGACAAACAAUCCUAUUUCCAGAAAUCCUCACUCCGCUCUCCUCUAUGGCCUCCUCCCAAAUCCCAUCGUCAACCCCCCGCCCCUCCAAAUCCAACCAAAGGAUGUUCGUAUCUACCGGCAGUCUAAACCCACCUCCCAACGCCAUCCACUUCUCCGCCAAAGCCUUUGCGAACGCGUUCGCCUGGCACAGCUUCCCCCCAAAGAACACCUCCUCCACCCCAACCCGUGCCAUGGCAGUGAGUACCCCAGCUUGUCGAAUCCCCCCACCAAUAGCCUUACGCAUAUGUCUCACGUUCGCGAUCGUGCGCUCGUCACCAGCGAUGCAACUCCCGACCGGUGCGCCGAGGGACUUGGAAAAGCAGACGGACACGGAAUCCACGUGCUUCGAGUACUCCCCCAACAACUCCACCGACGGUUCCGAGAGUGAGCAUGCGUUCCACAACCUCGCUCCGUCGAGGUGCACCUUUACCCCCUCUCCUCUUGCCCACUCCCCGAUCCUGCGAACUUCCUCCACCGGCAUGACCACGCCGUUGAUGGUGUUCUCUAGUGAGAUCACGCGCGUCGGGGCGAAAUGUAUAUCGCUGCUCAAAAUCACGUGCUUCUGCACAUCCUCCAAUGUAAGAUAUUUCCCGUUCGACGGGGCCACGGGCACGGUGACUGCCUGCGAAAGACCUGCGACGCCACCGGCUUCGAAGAGCUGGAUGUGUGAGUGGGAGUCCAGGAGUAUGCUAUGA